UGAUUUUUAGUUUUAAUACAUGAUGAAUAUUUUAUUCAGCUUUAUUGAUCGCUUUGGUUAGAUGAUGUAAAACACAGGAAAUCAUUUUACACUGUCAUUUCUUGAUCAAAAAUAUUGUGAUAGCAACAGAUAUUUACAACAGAAUAAACCAUGUUUUAUGUUCAUGUUAAUACAUUAAAGCAGUGUAGUCCGAAAUAGCACUGACACAACUGAUCUAGUAUUUUCUAAUGAUGUCACUUUUGGACAACACAUUAUUACCCAUAUAUAUGUCGAUGCUUUAAGCAGGGCUGAAGCAAGGAGGGGCUUGAAACUUCCUCCUUAUGACCUCUGACUGCUUACAAUCUGCAAAAAAAGGAAUGACAGGCAUUUCAUUCCGGAGACUCAAGAGUUCGAAUGCGUGUCUUGCGACUUCACAAAGUAUGGAAAAGCUCUUUUGAGAAGCAGCUCCCAGAGUCGAGGAGUGAGAUGAGUCUCCUGUUAUGUCGAUCGAGUGGGCUUUGUUGCACAAGUUCUUGGGGCGUCGUAUGAUUUUUCUUUAGCGGCCCAUUGAAGAUCGCCAUGGGCCAGACAUCUGUCUCAAGCUUGUCUGAGGGAGCGAGCGUGGACGGACUGGAAAAAUCUUCUCUGGCCAACUGUGAUGUGGUGGUGGGAAGCUCGCAGUCUCCUCAGCUGAAAGGAAAGGGGAAGCUCUCUUCUCUGGGCAAGAUCUUUAAACCUUGGAAAUGGAGAAAGAAGAGAACCAGUGAUAAGUUCCAGGACCUCUCAAAAGUUCUGGAGAGGAAAAUAUCCACCAGGCAAACUCGAGAAGAACUCAUAAGAAAAGGUGUCCUUAUUCCAGACCAAGAUGAUUCUUUGAACACAGAGACCUUGAAUGGUCAUGCAGUGCCCAGUGGAGUUACUGAAAAGGUCAAAGUAGACAUUGAAACUACAGAACUGGUCUCCGAAGAGAAACCAGACUUGGCAGCAGUGGCAGAGGACCCAGAAGAGAGGAAUGACAGCCCCCAGGCCAGUGAGUCAGCCCCUCCAAAAACCCCUACCAAAAAACAUCAGGCCACACCCCAAAAACCCUCCAGUGAGACCACAAGCACAGGCGUGAAGAAAGUGGGCCAAGCAGGGGGUAAAAAGGUAACCAAGAGCACCAAUAAACAGGUCUCCGCUCCUCCACCCAAACAAACCACACGAACUGCCGCUCGUGGCAAUGCUAAACCUUCAAAUCCUAAAAAAACUGCAGGCACAUCCAAGAGUUCCUCUCAGGCCUCAGGACAGUCUUCUUCAUUGACCAGCUCCAAGACCCCAAAGAACAACAGCUUAGAAGCGCAACCCAAGUCUGCCAAGAAAACCGAACCUUCCAGGUCACCACGGCCCCCUUCCAAACCCUCAUCUGAGACCACGGAAAGCUCUUCUAAAAAGGACAGAAAGAAAAAAGAAGUGACGUCCAGUAUUGAGAAGGCUGAGGAGACGUCUCAGAAUGGGAAGGGUGCCAGUCAUCUUUCGGAGUUGUCUGCAAAGAAGGACAAAAAGCAACCCUAUGUUAACCAAACCACAGAGGAAACAUCCUUCUCUGGAUCUUCCAAUGGACUUUGUUCAGACACUUUAGGACAGCCUGUGAGCACAGAGAGUGAAACGGAGAAAGAGAGCGCAGUGGUAGAACAGACAGAGAGGACUGUUGGGACUGAUGAGGGAGAGAGACAACAAACUGUAAAUGUGGAAAAUCCAGACGUGACUAUUAUUCCUGACUCCGUUCGAGAAAACCAGGCCAACGACUCUGAUUCAGAUGGACCUAUACUCUACAAGGAUGAUGAAGAGGAGGAUGAGGAGGAUGAGUAUACCACUAGCUCACUUGCCAACAAAAUUCGCCGCAAGGACACACUUGCCAUCAAACUUGGUAACAGGCCCAGCAAGAAGGAGCUAGAAGAGAAGAACAUUCUCCCACGGACCUCAGAGACGGAGCGACAGGAGCUAUGGCAGCAGAUUGGCUGUAAACUAGUGAGACGGCUGAGCCAAAGGCCCACCACAGAAGAGCUUGAACAGAGAAAUAUUCUGAAACAGAAAAAUGAGGAUGAAGAACAAGAGGCCAAGCAGGAGAUUAAAAGAAGGCUAUCCCGAAAGCUCAGCGUCCGGCCCACAGUUGCAGAGCUGGUGGCCCGUAGAAUUUUGCGCUUCAAUGAGUAUGUAGAGGUCACAGAAGCAAAAGACUAUGAUCGCCGUGCUGACAAGCCCUGGACCAGGUUAACCCCUGCAGACAAAGCUGCUAUACGUAAAGAGCUUAAUGAAUUUAAAAGCAAAGAAAUGGAAGUCCAUGAAGAAAGCAAACGGUUUACCAGGUUUCAUCGGCCCUGAGGCGGUGCCUGGUUGUGGGGGUUCUGGACAGCUACUAUCUCGAGGCUCUCUCUUCCGGUCUCUUCGCCAUUGCUUCCUGCUGGGAGACUAACAGACUGGCUCCCUGCGGCAGCCGGCUCUUCUCUGGCACCGGCUGCACUUUGGUUCUUGCUUUCAGCCACUAGAGGGCUACAGCGCGGCUAAAGAUAGGUUUGGGAUGCCAUUGCGAACUGAAACGGAAAGAGAGGGGACCUUCAUACAAGAUAAAGCAAUGCAAUGGUUCUGACAAGUGUUUUCCAUAUCUGUAAUGUUUUUGCACACACUAAGGACAAGACUUGCACUCUUUUAAUUUAAAAUGUCCCUGAUUUUCUCUCAAGGUUAAGCACAGCAGUGUGAAAACAUUUGUAGCGCGUGCAGUGACUCAUCGGUGGCUUGCAUUGUUGCUGCGUGCAGCUUGGAGGAUUUUUUUUUGUGUGUUUUGUUUUGUAUACAUCACAUAUUUCUUGCAGUAUUCGUGCAGAGUCCAGUAAUAUCUAUGAAUAUCUGUGCAUGUGUAAAAAAAAAAAAAAAAAAAAAAAAAAAACAUUUUAUAAGACGUGUAUCUGGUCCAAUGUAUAUUACAUGGAUAUUGAAGUUUAUUUGGGCAUCGUGAUGUCCAGAUUUAUUACUGCCAUUAUUCGUCUGUAUCCAGAUCAAUACAUCCUCAAUAUAAUAGAAUGUAAUCAGAUUAAUGUUGUGCCUUGACAGUGUUGUUUUUUCCUCCCAGAAAAGUCUGAUUACUUGAUAUAUAUGUGGUCAUAUUGUAACACAUCUGUAACUGCUGUUCGGGAAGAGACUAUCAUCAUAUGUUUAUGACACAAUUCUUGUUCAUUUACCUUGUAUUUUAGAUUUCCCCAAAAUUAUUUCCCAAAGUUCCAGCUAGCAUCCCAUUGAUUCGGCUUUUAGGCUGUACAUAAAUUUGGUGGGUUUUAUGGAAUAAAGUGGUGUCGACCAUAUACAAGAUGUGUCAAGCAAUAUAAUGUAGUGAACCAGUAGUUUUAACUUGAAUCGAAAAGGGCUUCUAGUCCAUUUCUUUUAGUCCAUUAUAGAAUGUGUCUGUAUUGCAUUAUUGCACAUUUUGGUGCUCUAUAUAAUAUAUGAUUGUAUGUCACAGACAGAAUUUACUGGACACUCCCUAAUGUCCAGCUUUGAGUUUUUUUUUUUUUGUUUGUUUGUUUUUUAAGUAGUUAGAAAUUGGGGAAAUUAAAUUAUUUCAAAUCAAUUGUACAGUGUGUAUAUGACAUAUGUGAAUACAUCUAGCAUAUUGCAGUAUAUUGGCUUGGUUUCUUUUUUAUUUAAAGAUGGUGAAAACAUUAACUUGCUUUUAUUAUCUAUGUUUAUCAAUGGCCUAUGGUUAUCAAACUUUCAGGUUUACAUAAGAGAAACCACCUCAGUCACUACUGGACAAUUUUAUUCUAUAUAUAAUACCAUGUAACCAUAUUCAUGCAGGUUUCGUUACUGCUUAAUCAAGGAAAACCUGUUGAUUUUAUUUAAAAUGUAAAUAAAAUAUUAAUAUGAUUUUAUUAAA